UUUGUUAAGCAUCUGUAAAUACAUCUUGCUUUCAGAUACAAAAGAAACGACGAAUCGUAGCGAGAGUCCAUUGUCGUAACAUCAAGAACGAAUGCCCAGAACUCACGUGCAAAGAUCCAAUUCUUCUUCCAGAUCGAUGCUGUAAAUCUUGUCCGGGAAAUUCCAGUACUGAUAUAGUGCAAGAUGUGCCCGUGCAAUUAACCUCCGAGGAAGAGGAACGAAGUCUAAAACAUUUUGGAACGCUUCUAACGGGUAAAACAUCUCAAGUAUUGCGUCGCGAUGAGCCCAAUCUAACAUCAAUGUACAACAGUGCUUAUAACUAUCUUGCAACAGGUCGUUUUACAUUUCAUCGCAAAAAUCUCUAUUAUUCCUUCUAUUUAUCAACAUCAACUCCUCGUCCGCGAAGCAUACAAUUUAUCGAUGGAUCAGGAAGUAUUUUAGAAGAACAAACAAUCGAUCCCAUUGGUGGAGUGUAUCAAAAUGCUACAGGUAAAUUAUGUGGAGUGUGGAGAAGGGUUCCACGAGAUUAUCGGAAGUUACUUCGUGAUGAACGUUUACACGUGUCCUUUAUUUGGGAACCAUCGGCCACCUUGAUAGGACAAUUGUCUCGUUAUCGUGCCUUAUCCACGGAACAGUAUUCUUCGUUGUUGGAACCAACGAUGGGAGUGGAUCGUUCAUUGAUGUCAGGUGCAGGAGCCACCGCUAUAGUCUCAGCAUCAUCGGCAUCAGCGCCAUUUAUCCACGUAUCCUUGGUAUUUAAUGGUGUUUUUUUACCUAAUGAUGUUUCCGAAGUUCCAUUGAUAGUACAACUAGAACAUAUGGAGAAGGACUACGUGGUUCUACGCGAAGAAAUUAUAGUAAAGAAACCUUCAAACGAAUUAAACUUCGGAGAGGUUCGAAAUGCCCUAUCAGGGACGGAUCUUCGUUUACUGACUCGAGGCAAACUCUCCAUUAGCAUAAUGUCUAAAAGAGACCCUCAAGCUCUACGAUUGGCCGGCAUAGUAGGUCCACGUACCAAUUGUGAAAUGUAUCAGACUUUGCUUCUCUCAGAAACACCUUCGGCCGCUUCUGGUUUGGCAUGGGCAUUUUUGGAUCAUGCUGGUUCAUUGCGUUAUGGUGUUCAAUUAAUAGGAUUGGAAGAAGAGAGUCCUUUGGUAACUUUGGUAGAUGAAGGGGGCAAACGUCGUACCGAGUUGGAAGAUUUAACACCUUCUCUCGUCAAUGAUCUAGCUAAUGGAUCCGUGGAACGUCCAGGGCCACGAUUCCUCGAAUCUUUGUUCAAUGGAGAACUCGCAGUUGUUGCUGCUUCACACAUUGGUUCCAUGUUGCGCGGCCGAUUACUACAAAGACCAGUAGCCGAUGCCAGAGAUACUGCUGCACCUUUUCUGCUUAGGAGACUGUUCCAAGAACCUGUACACCCUGGUCCAGUUGGUUUGGUGUGGACAGCAGUAGAUUUAGACUGUUCCCUUCAUUAUGAACUUGAAAUUGCUGGCUUCCCUCAAACAUCUACCAAUAAUCAUGAGUCACGUACGUUCCGACUUUACUUAGAAACCAUGCCCUUAUUGGCUCAAGGAGCACCUGUAGCUAGAAGAUUAUUGGAAGAAUUUACUGGAUACAUCUUAGAAGGUUCUGUCACUGGUCUCUCACCAGUAGAAUUAUAUAGAAUCGAAUCUGGUAUUUGUUUCUUGGAAGUGACGGAUAAACAGGCUGAAAGGAUUCUGAAAGCUCCAUUCAAGGCUAGAGCGCCGCUCAGCUGUCUUCCUCACUAUGCAGAUAAUGAUGUCGCCUCAGUGGUCGCGUACAACCUUCAACCACCCCGAUCAGACAUCGAAACUGGCGCUUGUUUUCAUGAGACUAGAUUCUAUGAAGAAGGUACUCAGUGGACUUCCAGUACAGAUCCGUGCUCCAUGUGUCAUUGUUACCGUGGAUUAGCACAAUGCGAUCCAGUACCUUGUCCAGCCCUCACGUGUGCCCAGAGCAAGCAAUUAAAACCUGCUCCUGGUCACUGUUGUCCAAUUUGUUCAGGUCCAGGGAUUAAUAUGAAUGGGACGGGAAAAAAUGUCAGCUCCAUAAUAAGAGGUUGCACACUGGCUGGCCAAUUUCAUCUACCAGGAGCAUCAUGGCAUCCUUAUUUACCACCAGUGGGAUUUGAUACUUGUGCAGUUUGCACAUGUGACCCUAUCACGUUAGAAGUAAAAUGUCCACGAGUACAGUGUCCACCGUUGGAUUGUGAUGAGAAGAUCGCUUUUAGGCCUAGCAAGAAGGCUUGUUGCAGACAAUGUCCAAUAACAACACCUAGCUCGGCAAACAUGGGAAGUGACACAACUCGUUUGCCACGAGAUCAGGCAGCACCAUCCACUAAGCGCACUGCGGAGGAAAUAUUGGCUUCCGGCGGCUGCAAGAAUCCCCUUGGUAAUCCCUAUGAAAAUGGAAUGGAGUGGCAUCCACGAGUUCACUCACAUGGAGAAAUGAAAUGUGUCAAAUGCAGAUGUAAGAAUGGUGAGGUCAGAUGCGACAGAAAACGAUGUCCACGAGCCCUUUGUAAUACGAUCGCACAUCAAAUGAAACGCGGCGAAUACGUAGCGGAUGGCGACGAUUGUUGCACGGUCCAGUGCCGACGAGCGAGGCGUCAUCAUCGUAACAAUCAUCAUUCAGCCCGGCAUUCCGUGACACCACGUGAACUCAGCUGAGUAGUUUCAACUGUUACGAAGCUUUCUUCGAAUAGUGAUCUGGUCUAAGGGAACGCUUCUGGACAUUGUUUCUCUUUAUAAUCAUUAAAUUCACGGCUUAAGUUAUGCCAUUGUCAUCGUACUUUUAAUUCCAAAACAACUUCAGAGCAAUUACCAGAAAUUACGAGAAAAUGAUGGGAGUCAAUUGGUAACGCAAAAUUCUAAAUUCAAAUAGCAAAACUUAGAGAUUGUUUUUGAUGCCUGAAGUAUCAUUAAUAAAUAAAUUCAGAAAAUAUAUAUUUAAAAAUAUUACUUUUUCUAGAAUUUUUGAACGAUUUAAGAUGAUGUAAAAUUAUUAUUAAGUUAAAGAAUAGAAAAAUGAACUAAGAUUAAAUUUACAUAAUAAGAAAAAUGAAUUAAACGAAACCAUUUAAAUGGAAUAUGAAACAUAGAGGCACUUAGAUUAGUAUAUUAAAAUUAAUAUCGAUUUUGAAUAAAUGGUAUACAAAUUUUAUAUUAUAGUUUAAUUAUUUGAUAAAAUUAACGUUAAAUAAUCAUGUUGAUAAAGUAUUUUGAAAGAAAAUGAAGAAUAUAAACGAUGCUGUGCAUCAUAUUUAUCUAACACUAAGUUAUCGUUAAAAGAAAGAAUCUUUGAAAAAACAUUUAAUAUUGGAAUACUUUAUUCAGGAACUAUAAAUUGCCGGAAAAUGAUAAUCAACGAAACAAAAAGAUUCAUCUUUGGAAUAAUC